CCCCCGGGCCCGCCGGCUGCCUGGAGAACGGGCUCCCCGGGGAGGCGCAGGCCGGUGCCGCUGCAGCUGGCCUGGCCUCCCUGGUGGCCCCCUCCGAGGAGCACCCCAUGAUCCCCAGCGGGGAGCGCUUCACCUGCAGUAUCUGCGGGCAGAGCUUCAAGCACUUCCUGGCGCUGGUGACCCACAAGUACGUGCACCUGGUGCGGCGCACGCUGGGCUGCGCCGUGUGCGGGCGCAGCUUCGCCGGCGCCUACGACCUGCUGCUGCACCGCCGCACCCAUCUGCAGAAGCGCCACUUCAGCUGCUCCGUCUGCGGCAAGCGCUUCUGGGAGGCGGCCCUGCUGAUGCGCCACCAGCGCUGCCACACCGAGGAGCGGCCCUACCGCUGCGCCGUCUGCGGGCGCGGCUUCCUGCGCUCCUGGUACCUGCGCCAGCACAAGGUGGUGCACACGGGCGAGCGGGCCUACAAGUGCGCCCUGUGCAACAAGCGCUUCGCCCAGUCCUCCAGCCUGGCCGAGCACCAGCGCCUCCACGUGGUGGCCCGGCCCCAGCGCUGCCAGACCUGCGGCAAGACCUUCCGCUACCGCUCCAACCUGCUGGAGCACCAGCGCGUGCACCUGGGGGAGAAGGUGUACCGCUGCGACCUCUGCGGCAAGAGCUUCUUCUACCUCUCGUCCAUCCUACGGCACCAGCGGGCCCACAACGCCCGCCGUGACCUGCGCUGCUCCGCCUGCCUCAAGCUUUUCAAGGACCCCAAGUACUUCAGCAAGCACGUGCAGACCCAUCAGGGCGGGCACCCCUUCAAGUGCAGCACCUGUGGCGAGGCCUUCGCCAACACCUACGGCCUGAAGAAACACCGGCACCUCCACAAGCUGGAGCGUCUGGCCGCCCUGGGCCACAAGGACCCCUGAGGAGGAGAGAUGGGGAAGGGGAGACUGAAGCGGGGGCAGGUUGAGGCAGACCCCUUAGUGCCACAUAUCCACUGGGAUGGGGAGGAGGUUGGGGGCAGACCUCUUAGUGCCACAUAUCCACUGGGGUGGGGGGUCAGGUAGGGGGCAGACUCCUUUAGAACCACUGGGGUGUGUGGUAGGUGGGGGGGCAGACCCUUAGUGCCACAUAACCACUGGAGUGGGGGGCAGACCCCUUAGUGCCAUGUGUCCACUGGGCUGGGGGGGCAGACUAGGGGGCAGACUCCGUAGUGCCACUUAUCCACUGGGGUGGGAGGCAGGUUGGGGGCAGACCCCUUAGUGUCACACAUCCACCAGGAGGGUGAAAGGCUGGGGGGCAGACCCCUUACUUCCACGUAACUACCGGAGUAGGAGGCAGGUUGGGGGGCAGACCCCUUAGUGAUGUGUAUCCACUGCGGUAGGAGGCAGGUUAGGGGGAGGCUCUCUGUGGUGGCCCCCCAUUUCCAUGCAGGAACCUAGGUCUCAGUGGCCCCCUUGGGUGACCACCCUGCCCUGCUGAAGGACAUCUUGGCCCCUCCUGAUUUCAGGGAGCCUCCUCUGCCCCCACUGAUGGGCCAUGGACUCCCCGCCGGGAAGACGCUGCUGGACCUGGCACUGCCGAGGGGGCGAGACCCCCAGAUCUAUCCUGGACCCGGCCCGAUCCCAGUGCCCCCCUGGAUUGACAGGGGGAGUUUGGUAGAUCUCAUUGGCUGACUGUGCCCAGUGGUGCAGGCUGGGAUACUGACAGACUGACUCCCCAGCCGGCGUCUGGACAGUGGCACCCAGCCAGGGCUCAACACGGCCGGGGCACCCCAGGCUUCUCCCUCCCCACGCAGCCGUCUGGAGCUGGGCCUGGCCAGGACCUGAAUCCCGCUGGAGGGGGGCCAUGGCCUUCUGAAGGAGGUGCUCUCUGCAGGACCCAGCGCUUGUGCCGUGGGAACUCCGCUCACCCACGUGGCGCUCCCCAGGACUGGAGACUAAUGCUGGGGGGCUGGUGACCCCCCCCACCCCAACUCCCCAUUUUGCAGGGUGGAUGCAGGCCAGGCCCCAAGAUGGACCCAGGAGCUGUGCCACGAUUCGCUGGCAAAGCCCCCAGGCGGCUCUGCAGUGCCCAGCCCGGCAGGAUGGGCCCUGGGGUGUCCUGGCACCACUGUGGAGCUGGUAAUCAGGGCCGGGGCGUGGGGCGGCAGCUGGCUGUGCAGUGGGGCUGCCUCCCCUCGAGUGGGGCCAGCGCUGGGGCUCAGACGACGGAGUGGGGCAGGUCUGCCACAACGAACUCUCCACGGGGCAGACAGGUCCUAGUGGCUGGAUCUGGGGGUUGACCAGGCUGGUC